CCGCGAUUGGUCACAUAUCUGGAACAUGACGAGGGUGCAAGCCAACCUGAUGCUUACCGGCUCUUGCUUCAGGCCCGAGUCAGACAAGCCCCAAGCACGUACUAGAAACGUUCACACCGAGACGAGGUUCGGCCAGCGAAUACCCACAUCUUUGAGAUAGUCUUGGGCACAUAGGCAUAAACCUUCCAAUGAAUUGCAUACCUGACAAACACCAUAUCGCGAUAGCUUCUGCGAUCGAGCCCGGCGAGAUCUUCGCCGGACCCUGGGAUGCGGAAGAGUCUCAGGCACUAGCCUAUCUUAUAGUUUAUGCCUUACAUUUCGACACCUGCGGAGCAUCGCUACCUAUAGAUUGUUCCCUCAUCCCGGACGAACACAGCCCUUUUUGGAUGGAACUCCGUUGGACAUCAAUAUACCUAUACCGACCGGACGUUCCCAUCGCAUCCGACCCCUCGGACCCCCGCGAGCGCGAGCAAGAUGUCUACCCAAUUCGAUAACUGGCGCAGCAACCCGAAUGAGUCGCAUUCGAUGUUGAUGAGUGUCUCGACAUGGUCACUUGGUGGAAUCUCUUUCGCCUUUCUGGUCGUUCGCUGUUGGAUCCGUCGUUCCCAAAAGAAGUUCUGGUUUGACGACAUUGUACUCAUCAUCAGCUGGUUCCUGCUCCUUGGUCAACUGAUCUUGAACCAACUUAGCAUCAACCUUGGUUUUGGAAAGCAUGCGCUCGACAUUGACUUCAGCCACUUCGAACGUAUCACGUAUUAUGGCGCAUCCGCGCUCACCUUUUCCAUUAUGGGCAUUAUUCUCAGCAAGAUCUCGUUCGGGCUCACUCUGCUUCGGUUGACAGACGGAUGGCUCAAGGCCUACGUUUGGUUUGCCAUCGCCACACUUUUCAUAUUUGCAGUACCAGUUGCUGUCCUUCCCUGGGUACUGUGCAAGCCAAUAACGAAGACUUUUGUUGAUAUCCUUCCCGGCACAUGUAUCGACAAGAUGCCGUCCGUAAUAUACGGAAGAUUUCAGGCUAUAUGGGCCGCAAUCAUGGACAUUUCUCUAGCAUUGUUGCCUUGGAAGGUCCUCUGGAAGCUACAGAUGCGGACCGCGGAGAAGAUUGGAGUUGGUGUUGCCAUGAGUCUGGGCAUCCUAGCAGGAGUCACGUCUAUUCUCCGAGCCAAAUAUGUCGAACAGCUCCAAACUCAAGAUCUUUCUUACCAAGCGUACAACUCCGUCAUUUGGUCAACAGCAGACACUGCCAUGACUGUUGUUGCCACAUCCAUCCCGGUACUCCGCGUCUUCUUCAAGCAAGCGGUCAACACGGCUAUCUCGCAUUACCACAACUCAACGAGCCGAAGCAACAAAUCGAAAUCUACUGGAACUGGAAGCACUCCUUCCAACCCUUCGAACAAUGCGAGCACGCUUGCAAAUCACAGCGCACGACGAUUGAACAAGAACACAUCCCGCACGUUGGAGAACACCAGCACAGAUUCUUUGGUCGACGACCUGGAGCGUGGCCCCAAAGAGGAGUACAUAGAGCUGGAUGAUGUUAUCGUCGACGAGAAGACUGGAAGGGUUACGGCUGCAACUCCUGACUCAUUGCCUGAGUCCAUGUCACGCGCACCCAUACAUAAUGACGGUUGGCCCUUGGCAGACCAUAUUCAGACGCACAUAGAAGACAUAAGAAGGCUGUAGCCGAACUUACGAACGAUAGCUAGAGACGAAUAAUGCCAUAACGAAGAUGUCUGCUCACGAGUUCUCGGCCGCGAAUCGGCAUCACCCUGAAAACGCUCUCUAUGACUACUGACCAGUCUUGUCAUCCCAAGUAUCGCAUUACUUUCUUCGAACAUCCAGAACAUGAGUAAUGAGGGGCGAAAGGACCCUGAAGACCGAUUCUCGUCGCAGUCUUCUCAUUCGCUUCUGCCCGGUUCCUGGCUCCGCUCUCUCCCGGCUAGCGGCAUCUGAUCUACAGACCCGCCUCCACGAUGCGGCAGGUUCCCAGGUAGCGCCUCUGCACGCCCACCACCAUGACAACGCCUAG